ACCGUAGAAGAAGAAACAUGUCUGACGUUUAGUAGCUUUUUGUUUUAACAAAAAAACACACACAAAACUAUCUGUAACUGUGUAUUUCUGCUUUGCGAAGUUGUAUACGUACUUUUGUAAGGACAGGGUGUGGGUCUGUGAAGAAACAGGUGAAGGCGGACAGCAGACUGACGAAGGACAAUUUUUUUUCGCAGGAAUGAUCUUGAGCAGUGAGAGUUUGUGGCGGCAUCAUCAAUAGCUGUCACCACGGCGGGGGAUCUUCGGACCUCUGUCUGCAGGGUGGUCAUCUACCUCCAAAGGGACAUGUCUGGGGACAGCUGCCUGCCACAGUUUCACAUCCAGUCCAGUUCCCCAACUUCCCCAGCCUCUUCUCUGGCUUGUCCCAAGACCAAGACCUGCAGUUACCAGGGAGCAGUGGGCCUGGGGAACAAAUAUGUCCGCCUCAACGUUGGUGGGAUGUUGUUUUAUACCACACUGCAAGUGCUGACAAAGCAGAGCUCCAUGCUGAAAGCUAUGUUCAGCGGAAAGAAGGAAGUGUUCACUGAUAAAGAAGGUUGGAUUCUGAUUGACCGCAGUGGCAAGCACUUUGGCAGCAUCCUCUACUACCUGCGUGAUGGCACAGUGGCCUUGCCCAAAGGUCGUCAGGCUCUCCUGGAGCUGCUGGCUGAAGCCAAGUAUUACCUUCUGCAGGGCCUGGUUGAGCUGUGUCAAAACACCCUGCAGGGCAACAAAGAGCAACCCCUGUGUGUUAUACCUGUGGUUACGUCCAGUAAGGAAGAGGAGAGGCUCAUCCAGUCUUCUACCAAGCCUGUGGUGAAAUUGGUGUAUAACAGAAGCAACAACAAGUACUCCUACACCAGUAACUCAGACGAUAACCUGCUGAAGAACAUUGAGCUGUUUGACCGACUGUCCCUCAGCUUCAACGGCCGUGUCCUCUUCAUCAAAAAUGUGAUUGGAGACGAGAUCUGCUGCUGGUCUUUUUAUGGUCAGGGUCGUAAGCUGGCUGAGGUCUGCUGCACCUCCAUCGUCUACACCACAGAGAAGAAGCAGACCAAGGUGGAGUUUCCUGAAGCUCGCAUCUAUGAGGAGACUCUGAACACGCUGCUGUACGAGACGAUGCCGGUGCCUGAUAACUCCCUGCUAGAGGCCACCCGACGGAGCUACAACAACUGUGGCUCUCACAGCGAGGAGGAGGAGGGCCCUUGUGGUUCUGAGCUCCGUGAACGCGUCCGGAGAAUCCAUGUCAAGAGGUACAGCACAUACGACGACCGGCCACUGGGACACUGACCACAAAAAGACUCUCCAACCACAACACCCUGGAUUUCAGAACAGAACUUCGUUUUUGCUCAUAUGUGUGCCUUUCAUAUUACCUUACUGCCUGUACCACUAUACCAAACAAAUUGUGGCCUUGAUACAACUGCACCACACUUCAUAGUCCUGAAACUAGGUUUGACUGCUCUGUUUUUCAUAAUUUAAGAAUUAUCAGUGUAUCCAGAGCAAAAUCUUUAAAUAUCCCAAGAAUUGGAGUUUUUGUAUUAAAUGUAGAUUAGUAGUUGGAAGAAAAUCACUAAUGUGCACUAUUUCUUCAAAGACAGACGGAUAUACUGUUGUAAUCAUAGCACUCAGACACUGAAUCAACAGAACAUGUUUUAUAUUUAUGGAUACAAAUAAAUAUUCAUAACAGGCUGUUAUUUACCAAACAUGUUCUGUGAAAUGGACAGCCCUUGUGAUCUGUUUUUCUUUUUUAGAAUGAGUGUGCCUCUAAAAGGUUUGAAUGCAGCUUACUAUUAUGGCGUUAUCCAGAUGUGAAGAUAAAAUGAUAAAAGACCUUGUUAAACC